CUUCGAUGUAUUCGACUUGGCAACGCUGCUCGAAUCAUCAAUAAAAGUGGGUAGGAUAAGUUGGGAAUCCGAGCAACGCAACCGGCAAUUUCUGACAGUCAGUGUUCAAUUCAAGAAGGUCUUUUGUUUUCUAUUGUAGGAAUUUGAGCGAGAUUUUCUCCUAAUUCAACUAACAUGUCUGCCGAUGCGAAAUUCAACACUGCUGUAGAAGAUGUCAGGAAAUUGAAAUCCAAACCAUCUGACAAUGAUCUCUUGGAACUGUACGCUUUGUUCAAGCAAGCUACAGUUGGUGACAACACUACCACUCGCCCUGGUAUGUUGGACCUGAAAGGAAAAGCCAAAUGGGAUGCUUGGACCAAACAAAAAGGAGUGUCUGCAGAUACCGCCAAAGAGCAAUAUGUUGCUAAGGUCAGUUCUCUGAUUGACACUAUUGGUCUACAAUAAAUUCACCUGGUAAUUUGUUUUAUAUUUAUACUUGUGCAUCACUUUGUAAGCAUUUGAUAGUUUUAUAAGAAAUAUAUUGUUAUGUUGGUCUA